AUGCGCGACGCCCCAACGAAACCCCCUGCGUCGAGAGCUCGUCGCGUCAUGGAUGCUGUACCAGCACUGCUUGACGCGACGCUGCUGAAGGACGAGUUGGCGAUCGAGAACGCUCUUAGCGCUCUUGAAAGCCACCUCGUCGAUCCAGCAAUCCUGGUGGAGGAGGUUAUCGCGGAGCUUUCGUCUGUCGCACAUUGCUUGGAAUUCGUUUUGUCAGCCGUGAGCGAGCCUGCUCACGAUGUUCUACGUCAUGCCAUCUUGCAACACUACCCCAACACCCCCAAAGAAUUCCUUUCGUCUUCCGCGGCCUUGCUGCUAUCCCGUUUCUCUUUGCUCCUCCUAUUCUUGCCUUACCCAGAUGCUUCCCAAGAGCCGCCAAAUCUUAGGAGGCAUCGUCAACGAGUCGAAUCUGCCGUGCCUGCUCUGCAAGCCCUUUCGAAACUUCGAUUCGACGAUAGCCCUGCGGUCGAGGAAGCACAAGCCGAUGACCUCGACGAAUUCGCGGAUGCAUUCUUCGCCGUGAAAACGAAGGGGAAGCAGAAACGAAAGCAACCUAAGCGUACAAAUCGUGCGCCUUCCAUCGACACGAAGGUGUUCCUCGCCUACGGCACAUGGGUACCUAGGACGAAGGAAGAUGCGAUCGAGGAGUACCUGGAUCUGUUUCGGCUUCCUAGCAUAGCUCCCUUGGUCAAAACCAUGUAUAUUCCCAGACAUCCGGCAGGCGCAGACCUGGCGGAUGCUGCCAUACAGCUUGCGGACCUGUCCAUCGCCUCUCAGGCAGAAGAGAGCGAGACCCCUGCCGCAUACCCGCUUGUGCAACCGAUGAAAGCGGCGCUAUACUUCGAUAGCGCGGAUGGCUUUGGCGAGUGGAGGGUUCUGAUCUCGACGCGCGGGGAUCGUGAUCUCCGCCAGGCUCGCAACAAGAGCCCACAGAUGUUCAAAAUCAUCGUCAAGAAGAUCAAGGAGCUCUCCAUGGGACAGUUCUCCGAUGACAACCAGAAGCGGCUCACGGGGCUCAAUGUGGAGAUUCCUAUAUACGAGGCAAAGAUGACUGGUGACACGCGACUGGUGUAUCAAGUCGAUUGCAUUCCGGAGUUUGAGAGCGAUGUCGAACGACAAGUCCUCAAGAUCUUCGGCAUAUACACGCACGCACAGCUCGAUCGUAGAUUCUGGGACUGCAUGAGUCAACAGCUGGAGCGUAAGGGCGCAGAGUACAAGAAACGAUGCACGUUCCGCAAUAAGCCCAAGGCACCGGGAGACUACGUUGUACUCCCAGCAUCAUGGCCGCCGCCCGCGGAGCCCGUUGCACUAGAGCCUGCCUCUGCCUUUUCCGAUCUGAGGAAGGAGGACCUGGAAGAGCUUCACUCUCUCCUUGUCUUGGAGAAGUUUGUCACGUUUUCACAGGCGCUUUUGAAUAGUAUUUUGGCGGACCAGGAUGUCGCCCAUGUCUUCGAUGUUUCCCCCCAUGAGAAGAAGAUCAUCGAGCACCCGUCCUCGUGCUACGUUUUGGGACGGAGUGGCACGGGGAAAACGACUACGAUGCUAUUCAAGAUGCUCGGCAUCGAGCGUUCGUGGGAGAGCUACCGCGAGACGAUGCCGAAGCCUCGCCAGCUCUUCGUCACGCAAUCGCGCGUCCUCGCCGAGAAGGUGGAGGAGUACUUCACGAAGCUUCUCGAGUCGCUGGCAACCGCAAACCAGUCGCCGAAGGAGCUUGCGAGUCUCGCGACGCGGAAGAAGGACCAACAGCAGCAGGGCCUCGUCGAUCGCGACGAGGAGAUCUACUGGCGUGGAGAUUUGCCGAAACGUUAUGGCGCGCUCAAGGAGGAGCAUUUCCCUAUGUUCCUGACGUAUGACCAUAUUUGCCGUCUGCUCGAGGCUGAGUUUCACUAUUCCGACUUCGAGAAGCGCAAGGCCGCGGCUGUCUCGAAAGCAAUGGAAGACGUCCUAGAGCUGCGAGAUCCCGAAGCGCCUGAUGGUACCCUGUCCAAUGACUACAUGCAGCAACGCCGUGCCUCGUUUGUAUCCUUUGGGACGUUCCAGGAAGAGUACUGGUCCCAUUUUCCGCAGACACUGACGAAGGGCCUGGAUCCCACUCUAGUAUUCGGCGAAUUCAUGGGUGUGAUCAAGGGCUCGGAGCAAGCGUUGAGCCACUCAGAGGGCUAUCUGGACAAGAUCGCUUACUGCAAGCUGAGCCAUCGCACGCAGGCGACGUUUGCUAACCAGCGCGAGAACAUCUACAAGCUCUUCCAGGCGUAUCUGAAGAGGAAGAAAGAGCGUGGUGAUUACGAUGCGGCGGAUCGAACGCACGCGCUCAUCAAUUGCCUGAAGGCUAUGGGUGUACCUGGCGAGGAAGUAGACUUCAUGUACGUUGAUGAAGCGCAAGACAACCUCCUGAUCGACGCCGUUGUGCUACGAACACUGUGCCGUAAUCCUCAUGGUAUGUUCUGGGCCGGAGACACGGCACAGACCAUCUCGGUCGGCAGUGCCUUCAGAUUCAACGACCUCAAGGCUUUCUUGUACCGGUACGAGGAGGCAACCGCGGGUGGCGACGCCCACAAACGUACCCAACCCGAGUCUUUCCACCUCGCAGUCAACUACCGAUCCCAUGCAGGCAUCGUCGACUGCGCGUACUCCGUCAUCGAGCUCAUCACAGAGUUCUGGCCCCAUGCAAUCGAUGCCCUUGGACGAGAGACGGGCAUGAUCGGAGGGCUGAAGCCCGUCUUCUUCAGCGGAUGGGACCAGAACACCGUUCGAUACGAGCAAUUCUUGUUUGGAGAGUCUGGAAGUCACAUCGAAUUCGGGGCACAGCAAUGUAUUCUCGUUCGCGACGAGGCUGCUCGUGAGAGGCUACGAGCGCAAGUAGGAGAUAUCGGCUUGAUCCUGACGCUCUACGAGAGCAAAGGUCUCGAGUUCAAUGAUGUCCUCUUGUUCAACUUCUUCGAAGACUCCACGGUCGAUCUUUCGCAGUGGCGAGUCGUGCUCAAUGCAUUGGACCCGAAUCAACGAGCGAAUCAUCCUGCGCCGCGUUUCGACGACGCGCGCCACAGCGGAGUAUGUCGCGAGCUCAAAUUCCUGUAUGUGGCGAUCACGAGGGCUCGCAAGAACCUAUGGAUCGCAGACUGCUCGGAGAAGUGUGAGCCCAUGCGGGUCUUAUGGACGCACAAGGACCUGAUCGAGAACUGCGAUCCGGGUACCGACGUUCCUCGACUUGCUAUGUCGUCGACCGAGGAGGACUGGGCGAAGAUGGCGCUCGAGCUCUUCAACAACCGCCGUUACAUGCAGGCCAUGCAUUGCUACGAACGCGCCGGCCGUGCACGGGAGAAGGCGGUGGCGAACGCGUACUACUUGCGAGAGGUCGCGAGGUCUACUUCCGUCAGCAAGGGCGACGCAGCAGCUCGGACGGCCGCUUACGUCGCCGCGGCGGUGGCGUUUUCUGCAUCCGCGCAAGAGGCCGUCACCGAGAAGCGAGCGUACUACCGUAUUGCCGCCGAGUCCUACAUCCAAAUCGGCGACGACCACAAGGGCGCUCAGGCUUACGUUAGUGCUGGGGAGUACAAGCUCGCCGCUCAGCAUUUCAGGAAAGCAGGCAAGUUCGACGAAGCGGUCGAGAUCGUCAAAGUACACUGGGACGAGGUGCCGGAGGGCGUGGUGGAGAGCAUCUUGGAAGUCUCUCGCUUAUAUUAUCUGAGAGAGAACAGCAUCAAGAAAGCGAGAGACCUCUUCGAUACGGAUGAAGAACUUCUGGAGUACAUGGAUGACUAUGGUCUUGAUGUAGUGCGCGCAUCGUUCCUGGAACAGCUGGAGAGAUACGGCGACGCUGCCGACGUCCACCUCGCGGAAGGAAACACGUUGGAGGCUAUACGGCUGCUAACGCUGGAUCGACACAACAUGCAAUCGAUCAAGAAGGCGACCCACUGUCUACUUGACGGUCUAUGGAGCCGUCUUCCCUGCGGCACAACUGUCAGCGACGAGCUGCUUCAGAGCGACGAGAUCUUAGCAAGACUACUUCGCCUUUCCAACAGUCUCAGCGAUCUCAAUGCGGAUGGAGACUUGCAUGACGAGGUAUCCAUGUUCCGUGCGAUCGCGAAACGCGACUUUGUAGGACUGGAAGCCCUGGGGAAAGCGUUCGCGUCGCGAGGAAACCAAGCCGCUGCCUUUCUCUCUUUCGACCAUCUCUUCUCCGUCCCCUUGAAGCUUCAAACUUCUCCACUGUCAGAAGUCACCAACAAACUGCACACGUUCUUCGAGUAUGCGCGUUUUCUCCAAAAGUUCGGUAUGGACGCACACGUUUGCGACAACGAGACCGUCCGUAAGGUCUUCGCGAUUCGUGCAUCUGGCGAAGAACUAUUCGUCCUGCCAAAGGACUCGUUCUUGGGAUCCCAAGCCAGUAUCCGAAUCACACCCAGCGCACAGAUCACCGACUUGGGGCUCUCUAUUCCUCGCGGAGAGCUAGAACGACUUCUCAAGCACGUCCUCAACAACUUACUCCUCCGUCGCGUCAACCAAGAAAAUAGCACACUCCGCGUACUCCGUCGCCUCCAACCAUGUUUGACCUACGCAGUCCUUCAACAGUGCAACCGUAUCGAAUGUCCUCGCCAUCAUGAUGACUUCGAGCAUUAUGGAGCAGCAGUCUACAACAACCGCAUCAGGGUCAUCAUGCAGCAAAUGCUGAUCUAUCAAGUACUUCGCGUGGUGGAAAACUCUCGCGACCAAGCUGAACAGAGGCGCCACUGGCUCGAGCAACUGUACGACGCACUCUUUCCGGCAUACUACAAGCUGGGAUCUUUCCACGUUCUCGAUCCGAGCAUGAUUCCGGAGCUGGGCUCAGCAUUGCAAGUUGCGCAGGUGUGGGUCCGUGACAUGAUCUACAGCAUCAACCCUCCCGGCCGUGCGAGGGGCGCCAUGGUCUUCCUAACGGUCGUGAUGAGGGCAAUCCGACUCUCCCUAGCCUGCGACACGCAGGCCGCUGGUGAUUACCUACCACGUGUUCCAUGCGUAGCGCUGCAUAGGCUGGAGCAGCUCCUUAGGCGACCGGAACAGGCAUACAUCGUGCAAGACUUUUUGGGGCUCAUGCAGAAUAGAGAAGCAAACGCGCUGAACAGAGGGAUUUUGUUUCUGAAUCACGUCUUGGAUAACAAGGUUCCCGUUGACGUUGCUGCACUGUGUGACUUCAUGGAGCAUCUCUGCGGCUCCUUCCUUGUCGCAUCGCGGCUGCAGAAGCUAGGAACGCUACACGAUCUAACCUUACCCAAAAGUUGGAUGAUGCAUCUCAUUCCGGCUAUGGAGUCCCUGCGAUCUCGGGAUAUAGAACUGUCUUGGUUGUUCCACAAGCAUAUGGGCAGCCUUCUGGAGCAGAUAUACUCCGGUGCUUCGUGGCUCCUCUUCGAUGGCCGCGAACUUGGAUAUCUGAUCAGGAAUAUCUUCUUUGCUAGAGUGUGCUCAAUAUUUUGCCUUUGGGGUUACAACCUCCGUUCUUGGCAGCUGCGUAACGAUAUCCACCGAGCGAUUUCCUUAUUGCGAAGGUCCGAUAGGAAGCCUCAUCCCCUUGUCGAAAGGUAUAUCAACGCUCGCAGCUGGGAACCCCUUACACGCGUGGUUCGCAGUUCUGCCACUGGAACCACGCUAGAUGAGAUGAUCCAGAUCCACCAUGGGUCCCGCCCAGUUCCAAAGUCAUCAGUGCCGAACGUACGACGCGUGGUUUAUAACCGAUUGGAGGACAUUCCAUGGCUUCUGAAGACCGGCGGCUCCAGCGUACCCGUCGCCAGCUUACGAGCGGAGGCCGCACCCUUCAUACCAACACGCGCCAGCGCAGACGCAGUGCAAGAAACAGGAGAUGAUGCGGACGACGCAGCUGAAGAUGGCGCGCUCGAAGACAUGGCUGAGGACGAUGUCCAGCAGGUGGUCGACAUGGACAACAUCGCACAGGCCAUCGACGCCGAACAAGCGAACUCUGCUCCAAUCGCGCCAAGCGCCGAGGAGAUCGCUGCGGCACAGGCGAUUUCAGAGGCGUACCGGCAGCAUAUGGCGCGGGCCCUUUUGCGCAAGACAACGGCGAAGGAAGAGAAGCGACGGCGGGUGUUCGCUGCGUUCGCCGAUGCGGCGCAGAGCAUGGACUGGCCACACGCGUAUUACCGUCUCCUUUUCCUCGGCCCCAUCCCUCACCUCUUCAUCGUAACGGAGGUACUCAAGGGUCAUCUCUACGAGGCAAAGAACAACGCAAAGAAGCGGCUAAACUUCGUCAUGCACCUGGAACUAGAGAACAUGCAAUCGACGCUGACCCAGACGAUCCGGCUCAUCAAGGAAGUCGAGAAGUUGUACAAGGUCCUCGGUCCCGGUGCGGACGUGCACAAGGCGCGCGACUUGAAGACACUUGAGGAGUACACGCUGCAAGUCGAGGCACUCCUUCGUAGCCUUCCGAGCUCCGUCUGGGACAAGUGCGGGGAGGACAUGAAGAUCGCGCUGACGGGGAUCGUCGAGAAGAAGAAGCCACCGAAACGCGAACCCAAGCCGGAGCUGAAUAUGGAAGACGAUAUCGAUUACGACUCAGUCGCGAUGGACGUGGACAUCUUCUCGGACGAAGCGAUGGAUGUGGACUCGACUUGAUCAUGGUGUUUCGGUUUGUGUGUUAGGAGAAGAGCGUCCCGGAAUGAAUGAAGAGCAUGUUAGCGUACCGUGUACAGUAUCAUCAUCAAAGAUCUAGCUAAAGUACUUCACGCUUGUGAAUCC